AUGGAUGGAAGAAAUCUUCUAAUCAAACUAUCUAAUGAAGAAGACUAUGCUAGAGUUUUUGCAAAACAGUCUCUCCUGAUAGCUGGAACUCCUAUGAAAUUGAUGAAGGGGACUUCUGGUUUUGAUCCAAGUAAGAAGCCCCCAAUUGUUCCCAUAUGGUUCAAAUUGCCCAAUCUCCCUAUACAGUAUUACAACCAGAAUGUGUUGUUUAACAUUGUCCGUACUCUUGAUUUUCCAUUGAAGGUGGAUGCUCCAACUUAUAACUUGGCUAGGCCAGUUGGGGCUAGAAUUUUAAUAGAAAGAGAUAUAACCCUACCUGAUGUGAAAAGGGUCUGGAUUAGCACUGAAGAUGAGGGAUUUUGCCAAAGCAUUGUGGUGGAACACAAAGCAUUGUGGUGGAACAUUGUGGUGGAACAAAGACCUCUUUACUGCCCUCACUGUAGAAUGUUUGGGCACACUUUGGAGAAUUUUUACAGGCUUAUUCCACCUUCCAAGAAGGCUGUUGGCCCCCCAAAGGGUGCUACAACUCAAGGAGGGACUAGUUCUGUACUUGAUAAUGAGCUAAGAAGGAAUGUAGGAGAAACAAGUAUCCCUAUAACUAGAAGUGUAGAAAGGGAGGUCCAACCCAAUAUGCUGAAUAAUUCCUUGGGUGAAGGGAUUGAUCAGGGUACCAAGUCCAUUCCUACUUCCAUUGAUAACCUCAUGUUGGGGGAGAGACAGAUGGGGGCUGACUGUACUGAAGAGAGAUAG